AUGCCUAUCUCCCUAGCUCCGUCACAAAAUCCCAGUCCGUCAUUCUAUCUGGUAGGAGACGAUGUGUCAACUGCACAACCAGUAACCCUGGACGCAAAGUGGAAACUGGAGGAUGUGAAACGUGCCGUAGGAGGCGUGUUCCAUGUGGCACAACCGCUAGGCAUCACUUUCCACGGCGAAGAUGAUCGGGAGUUGACCACAGUGGACGAUAUCCUGACAAGACUGUCGUUGCUUACUAGCCCUAUUGGCCUUCGCAUCGAUGGGAAGGCCAUCCAAAGCCCUCAGGGUCCUGAUGGUCUGCCGUUGGUUGGUAGCUACUACGAGAUCUUUCCAGACCAUUUGGGAAAUCAUUACCGUCUGUUUCGCAAAUACGGGAGUGUUAUCCGCACUGUCAAUAUGGGAAAGACAAUUUAUCUGACCGACAGCCCCGAAGUGGCAGCUGUGGCUAUGGCGGAAUCGGUUUAUAUGACCAAGAAGAUCAACGAGAACCACCCCUUGUGGGGAGUCAAGGAUAAUACGGCUAUCUUCAUAGGUGACACUGAAACAGAAAACUGGCGGUUAGCCCACAAGUUCCUACCGCCAGCGAUGGGUCCCAAGGCGGUCCGUCACUACACUCCGCUAAUGCAGGAGUGCGUGCGCAAGUCUUUUGCCGUUUUUGAUGAAUUGGAUGCACGCGGUCAAUCAUGGAACGUUUACCAGUACAUGGUGAAACUGGCGUCACAGACCAUCGGCAAGUUCUCCUUGGGAACUGAUUUUGAGCACUUUACGAACAUCGACGCCCCAUUGCAUCCUAUCGUCACCAAUAUAGCAAACCUUUUGUCAUUGAACAAGAAGGUCACGGCGCGUGGCGAAUGGUACCGACAUCUGCCAUUUGGUGACCCUGCACGUCUGAAGCAGGUUCAGCACACUAUCUACUCUCUCCUACAAGAAAACAUCGCCCGCGUCAAGGGAUCUAAAAUUUCGGGAAUGUCGAUGGCAGAUGCGGCAGUCAAUGCCUCGUGUGUGGCCGACUACCUCCUUAACACGGUUGAUGAGACGGGCCGAAAGUUCCCCGAGGGCCUGGUCCUCGCCAAUAUGCUCAUCGUCACGGGAGCGGGAUUCACGACAACCUCAUCGUUGAUGUCUUGGCUUCUAUACUGCCUAGUUACCUAUGAAGGCACACAAGUGCGUCUAUACGCAGAAUUAUGCGAGAAUGGUAUUGCCAACCCCACCGGCUCUGUCACCUGGACACCGGAGCUGGCACACAGCCUGUCUUAUCUCGACAGUUUUGUCAAAGAAACACAGCGUCUUCACAAUGCCUCCUUCCAGCCUGGCCGUACUACCAAGACUGAGGUUGUCUUGCCUGGCGGCUACCGUCUCCCGCCUGAUAGCGUCCUCAUUCCCGCGUUGUACGCCAUCCACACCAAUCCAAACAUCUGGCGCGACCCACUCCACUUUGACCCGGAUCGCUGGACUACUGAUGAGGUCAAGAACAAACACCGCUGCGCAUAUAUGCCCUUUGCCACGGGUCCGCGUGGCUGCAUCGGGUUCAAUUUCGCGUUACUCGAGAUCAAGAUCUUGCUCUGUGAGUUGGUCACUCGUUACGAGUUCUUCCGUGAGGGCUUAGAGGCUGUCGAGUACGAUCCUGAGUUUCAGCUUAUUCGCCCGCUGAACUUUUACGUGCGCGCCAAGAGAAGGACGUAG